UUCUUACCCGUCCUGUCUGAUGCCUGCAGAAUUACCCUCAUGUGGAAAUUUGGUGGCAUCUACCUGGACACAGACUUCAUUGUGCUUAGGAACUUGAAGAACCUCACCAAUGCCCUGGGUAUCCAGUCUGAGGAUGUAGUGAAUGGGGCCUUUCUGUCCUUCCAACCCAAGCAUGAGUUCAUGGAGCUUUGCAUGCAGGACUUUGUGGAUAACUACAACAGCUGGAUCUGGGGGCACCAGGGCCCGCAGCUCCUAACGCGUGUCUUCAAGAGGUGGUGCUCCAUCAGUAAUAUCCAGAACAACAUGAGCUGCAAAGGGGUGCGUGCUCUUUCCCCAGAAGCUUUAUAUCCUGUUUUCUGGUGGGACUGGAAGAAGUUAUUUGAUAGAAUCAGCCCCUCGGAACUUCACGAGCUCCUUAAGAACACCUAUGCGGUGCACGUAUGGAACAAACUGAGCCACGGGACAAGGCUAGAGAUCACAUCCCAGGCUUUGCUGGCUCAGCUGUAUUCUCAGUUCUGCCCUGCCACGUAUGAGAAGAUGAAGAAGGAGUCUGAAGAGCAGUCAAAGCCUGUAAUGUGA